AUGUUACUUAUUCUAUUCACUCUUCUUUGUCAAACAUUUCUGAAUCAAGGCACUAUUCUUAAUUGUGAUUUUGAAACAAAUUGUAAUGAUUUUGCUUUGUAUGGUUAUUGGGCUAUAACCGAUGGUUAUCAUCCUCAACCUAUCGAUCAUGAUCAUACAUUAAAUAUACAGGCUGGUCAUUAUGUUUUCUACAAUCCAAGUCCUGGUACAAGAGGGUUCGAAAUUAGAACACAGAAUUGGUUACAACCUUCAACUGAUCGACCGUUAUGCUUCCGAGUAUGGUAUUAUUCUUCUCAGAUAAAUUUUCUAUUUAGUGUUCAAGUUAUACAAGGUGAGGGAGUAGAACUGAUACGUACACUCGCUUCAGUUUUCGAUAAGAAUGUUUCAACUGUUGAUUGGACAUUAAUCGAUGUAAAAUUACCAAAUGAAAAAAUCAAAAUAUCUAUUCAAACAAAUUUGACACAGAAACACUUAGCAUUUGAUGAUAUUUCUGUAGAUUAUUGUGAUGGUCCACGACCUUCACCUCCUAAAGUUUUAUUUACUUGUGAUUUCGAAUCAUCGUGUUCAAACAAUUUUAUUUCAUUACCUAAAUAUCCAUAUGAAUGGUUAAUAUCAAAUGUGAGUGACGCUAAAAGAAUUGAAUUCUUUGCUCCAUCUGCUGAUUAUACAUUUGGAAAUGAAUCAGGACAUUAUGCAUUUGUACCGGUUUCCAAAACAAUCGAUAAUGGUAAAGUUGGUUAUCUACAUUUACAAAAACAAUUACAAGUAACAUCUCAAGAAUCUUACUGUUUAAAUUUUCAAUAUUAUGCUUAUCCAUCAAGUGAUAGAAGUUAUUUGAAAAUUUAUUCAUGGGCUUCAGAUGAAUCUAAAGCAAUUCAAAUGUUAUGGCCUGGAGAAAGAUCAAGUUAUUACAUAGUGGGUGGUCGGUGGGCUUGGGGUAUUAUUAAUUUACCAGUUGGUAAUUAUUCACUUCUUUUUCGUGUGGAUACUGAUACUCCUUUUACAUACUCGUUUGCUCUUGAUAAUCUUGAUAUUACUUCAUGUGACUAUCCUCCUUCAUCUGUUUCAUACAAUUCUCUUCUUUCUUUCUCAUGCAAUUUUGAUGAUUUGACAAUGUGUGAUAUGAUUAACGAUGAAAAGACUUCUACAUUUAAUUUUACGAUAUUUAUUGGUCAAACAAUACCUGAUCAACAACUUGGUCCAGCUCGAGAUCAUACAAAUAAUUCAACAUUUGGUGGUUUUCUUUACUGGUAUCAACAUUUGCCAGUCAAUACAACCGAUAGAGGUCGUGUAUAUUUGUCAAAAACAAUUGAGCAAAAUACUGGUAUGUGUAUUAAAUUUGCUUAUUAUGUCAAAUCAAAACUAGCUAAUAAGAAUACAACAGUAAUUCGUCUAUCUGGUGAUGGAUAUUCUAGUACAGGAUUAUGGUAUCGAUCAUUAGAUGAUAGUCAAGGAUGGCAGGUAGCUCUUGUACCUUUAAACAAAGUUGCUAAUGCAAUAACAUUCUAUUUUGAUGUUUAUCGACUCGAACCAGUAUUAACAGCUGUUGCUUUCGAUGAUAUUGAAAUUGACCAAUGUAGUUCUCUCAUACCAACUACUACUAGUACAUCGACAACUACUACAACCACAUCAACAAUUCCUACAAGUACAUCAACAAGUAUUAUAAUUAUAUCAACAUCUACUUCGACUACAACACCUCGAAAUAAUGCUCCUCAACUAUUAUCUUUAAAUGUAUACAAUUUGAUAAUUCAUUAUAUUCUCUUUCAAAGUUUUCGACAAUUCUUUUAA